AUGCCUCCGCUUCCUGCAGCACGCGAGAAGCGUCUCGUAGGGACCUCGCUGAAGCUUUACUUCGAUCUACCCUCCACACUCCGCUACGUCGAUUCCGUUGCGUUGCUAUCGAGCGCCGCCGAAAAAGCCAACGUCGACCUCUUCGUCAUUCCCGAUUUCGUCUCCCUCCUUCCCGCCAAAGACAAGCUCGCAAAGACCAGCGUCUGGCUCGGAGCACAAGAUUCGUUCAGCGAGGACAAGGGAGCAUACACCGGCGAAGUCAGCCCGUUGACUCUCAGCCAAGCAGGCGUGAAGAUUGUCGAGCUUGGACACGCAGAGCGGAGACGGCUUUUUGGCGAGACGGACGCGGACGUUGCGAAGAAAGCGGCUGCGGUUGUGAACAAUGGCAUGAUACCGCUGAUCUGCAUCGGUGAGAAGAACAGGAGUACAAUUGCCUCACAGGCAGUGGGUAUCGCUGUCGACGAAUGCAAACCACAGAUCGAGGCUGCUCUCUCGCAAAUACCCGACGACGCCGAAGUCAUCCUGGCUUAUGAGCCGGUAUGGGCUAUUGGGGCAGCUGAACCUGCAGGAGCGGAUCACGUCGUAGCCGUGACACAGAACUUGCGAGCCUUGUGCGCUGGUAGAAAGGGAAGGACCAGGAUUCUAUACGGCGGAUCCGCAGGUCCUGGAAUUUUCACGAAACUCAAGGAGGGUGUGGACGGGCUUUUCCUGGGACGAUUCGCGCACGACGUGAAGAAUCUGGAAAAGGUGAUUGAGGAGCUGGCUGAGCCAUAG